UUUCUUUUUUCUGCAAAAAAAAAUUGAAAAGGAAUUGUCCCUCUCUCACAGUUGAGGAUCAUGAAACGGGCGAAUCGCAGAUCGAAGCAGUCAAGCCCAAUCGACGAUGCUUCAGCUUCCGCCGAGAAGGAAAAGCAAAUGUACGAGGAGAGGAUCCGCGAGCUCGAGCGAGAGAAUAAAGCGUAUCAGAUGGAAAUUGCGGAACUGAAGCAGAAACAGGGAAAUUAUUCAGCUGCGACGAAUGGAGUUGAGAAGCUUAAGAAGCAUUAUCUUCAAAAGCUGAACCUACUUGAAGAGCAGGUAACUGAGUUGCAGAGUAAGUUAGCUUCUCGGUCUCAAUUUUCAACUCAAAGGAAAAGAGUGGAUGAGUCAAGUAGGCAGUUCCAAUUUGAGAUUCAAAGUUUAAAGGCUCAGAAGGUUCAACUGCAAUGUAAGAUGAAGCUAGACUCUGUGCAAUUUAGAAUAUGCAAAGCUAUGCUAGAAAAAGAAAUUUUGCAGCUUAAGAAAGAGAGGAGAACAUAUGAUAUCAAGGUUCAAAAUUUGCUGGCUUCAAAUGACAGACUUAAAAUGGUGUUGCAACGGAAGACAGAAGCUGCUUUUACUGCUACCAAUCGUCUAAGAGAAAUGAUUGAAGCUCGGAAAGUUAUAUCAAAUAGAUCAGCUGGUGCUAGAAAGAGGAAUAGUCAAGCAAUUCAUGCUGCUGAGCAUGAACUUGAAGUUACAACUAGGUUACACAAGUUAUGUUCUCAGUACGAAUCCCAAAUCGAAAAAAUGGCUGUAGAAAUUGGAAGGCUGAAAGAGGAAAUCGAGAUGCAAAGAAAUGAAAAUUUAAGGUCUGAAUUCCAGGUUGAAGAGACUGACAGCUUUGAGAAAGAGGUUGAUAUCCAAGAUUUAAAGGAACAAAUGAAUGGUCUUGGUUGUCUGCUCAGAGAAUUAAAAUUGCAGAAGGAGAUGCUUGAUUCCAAGGAUAAAAAGCAGCAGGUUCUAGAUCAGCCUCUUUUCACUGAUCAGAGCAACCGAAAGCUACUGAUGAAAAUGGAAACCCCGGAAACAAAUAGUUCAAGUGACAGUAAUGCCAACGGGGAGAGAACAGAUGAAGGAGUUUGCUGCACGUGCAGCAAGAGAUCCCUAUGCAAGACUACAAAAUGCAAAUGUCGAUCCAUCGGUGGUAGCUGCGGACCAUCAUGCGGCUGCAAACUUUUCAAGUGUACAAAUAGGGAAUCGAACCAAAUAGAAGAAGAAACUGAAGCAAUAAUAUCAGAAAGCACGGAGUGCAACAUGAAAAUGAAUAAUUCAGCUGUGUUUGAGCAUGGAAACAUAAUUGCUUCUGAAUGCGCUAAAUUGCUUCAGAGUGCACUUGUUCAAAAACCUGCUAGCUACAGAGACAACCCAGGACCAAUAAAGAAGCCAUUAUCUGACAUUCAAAACUCGCUGGGCCAAUUGGACAAUCAAAAACAAGGCAAGAAAAAGACUGUGCGGAAGCCCAUAAUUCAGUUGGUUACCAACAAUCCAAUGUCCACGUCCCCAGAAAAUAUAAGCAGCAGCAGCACUGAACAGAGUAAUUCUAUUCAGUCCAAUGAAUUGGCAACAUCAGUUGGAGAUGCACCUGUUGCCCGUCCUUCAAGAAAUCCACCACGGCACGCCAAAUCUGUGGUCGGGAAAGAGAACUACCUCACUUAACUAACUCGUCUUCCUCAAGUAGAUGUGAUCCCACAUUCAACCUGGCCGUUGGUGAGUGUUAAAAUUCAUGCAAAUGCUGAAUUAUUGAGUGUGGAAAUUGGUGUCAAUACAGGAAUUUGCCUUAUUUUACUACGAACCCCGAGUGUAACAACUAAACAAUUUUUUAUCUUUCUACCAGUG